AAAUGUAAACACAAUGUAAAUAAGAAUUAUUAAAACAUAAAUUAUUAUAAAAAAUAUCGAUAUUAUCAAUAGGAGAACGCGUUGGAAUCUAACUAUUUCAUAUUUUGGUUUGAACUUAUGGAUACUGUUUUUCUCGUUCGAGGAACAUUGAGGUAUAAUUAAUUGGUUGUAACAAAAAGACAUUAUGGGCGGUGUGGGUAGCGCUCAUCGUCCGUGCGAAGACGACAUUUGGUGGACAAACGGACAAACAAAAGUGGAACCCGCCGUAGAAAAAUGUUCUUCUCAAAACGCCACGACCGAUAUCAAUAAACAUUUCGAGGCACAUCGAGAAAUUGACCAAGAUUUUAAAUACGACAUGGAGCGAAGGCACGUAAAACGAAGAGAAAUUAUCGCAGCGAAAAAGAAGGAGUUCGACGACUUGCGACAGGAAGUCGCUCGGCUCAAACAAGAAAACGAAUUGCUCAAACUGAAUCCUCAAAACGAGGCGUACGUCAAAAUGAAAGAGGAUUUGGACCGAUUCCAGAACCAGAAUCGAAUACUGAAAAGCGAACUAAAAGACAAGCUGGAAGAGUUGCAGAAAGUUGCCAGUCUCCUGGAGAAGAACAGGGAGUUGAAAAUUAGUAUCGCCGAAAUGCAGGACGAGUUACAAAAACUGAACGCGGUGGUGGUGGAGUUCGAGAAAGAAAGGGAAGAGUAUAAAGCCCACGUUGUCGCGCUGAAGGAUGUAAUAAAUGUAUCGAAGAAGAUGUUAUUAAUUAGGGAGUCGCAAUUAAAAGAGCUAAAACAAAAAGUGGAAAGUAUCGAGCAAUCGCUGUCCGCAAAAGAAAUGAACAUCCUCUCUCAAGAUCUGAGACAGGAAUACGAAAGGCAGUUGGCUAGUAUUCGGAACCUGCGAACGCUCUACGAGGACAGACAAAGGUCCGACCACAAGGAAAAAGAAGAACUGAAAAAAUUAUUAGAAGAUUGCAAGAAAGAGUUUGAAGCCGAACAGAAUAAAAGCCGAGAAUUCGAGGAGCGUAUAGUCGAGCUGGAAGAAUUAAAUUCCAAAAAUUACGACGAAAUUAAGAGUCUCGAAUCGAACUUGGGUUUGUCUAAAGCCGAAUGCCGACAGUACCAAGCGGAAUUGACGGUUAUAAACCAGCUGUUUUCCGAAAUAUUACUAGGAUUCAAUAGUUCUCAGGAUAUCGAUUUAGAUAAACUCGUUAAACAUUUGGAACAGCACCACGAACUACUACAAAAUAUUGUCUUUAGCGAACUCUCUUCGGAGUCUUCUUCGGCCUUGCCCAAGAUUCUUCUAGAUCUGGUGAACGAGGUCAACUCGCGAGACGAGAAAUCCAUUGAGUUCGAAAACUCGCCGGCAAAACUGGAAACUAUAGUAGAAGAGUCGGAAAGUCAAACUGGCACCGACCAGAUAAACAGUGCCGAAGAAAUUGUCGAACUUUUACCGAAAGUUUGGCGAGUUCUCAUCGAACUAUUGAGCCAUCAGAAAGCUCCGACCAACAUCCUGUCCUUUGAAAUGUCCUCCGGCGAAGAUCUUUGCUACAAAACUGUACAAACACCUAAAGGUCCCAGUUUAGUCCUAAGCGUUAGUCAAACAUUUAUCAGACUGAAGGACCUGAUUCUAGAAAAAAAGUCGUUGGAAAAGGAAACGGGGCACUUGAAACAGCUAAACACGCAUUUGGAGAACAGACUUCAAGACCAGGAGAAGAGACUACAGUCAGUUAGUUGCGAGCUAGACAAAACUUGGCAUGUGGUCGGUAAGCUGCAAAAAGAACAUCAACUGCUGCACACGCAAGAGAAAAUACUGCGCUACGAGCUGGCUCAGAAACGCAAAUUGCUAAACACGCUCAAGGAGGAACUGGAAUAUUCGAGGGAAAAGUGGCAACAGGCCAGGGAGAAAAACUCCAAGACGGAGAAACAGUGGAAACAGCUGCGGGUGGAGUUCGCCUCGAGAAAGAACCCCGUCACCAGCGACGUGUACAGUAAUAGCCAAGAGAGCGGGUACAGCGACGAGCGGUGCACCUCGAGCGACGACAGAUGCAUUUCCAGCGACGACGAACCGGGCUACGAGACCGACAUAUCCACCGACACGUCGCCAAAACCCGUUCAGAAUACAAAGAGACCGACCGUCAAUGUAGUGGCCGAGGACGGGGCGUUACGUGUGGAAGACGUUUCGGCAGAGCGCUUGGUUUCCUCAGUUAUAGAGGAAGCGAUCGCGGCUAUCGUUAAGAGCGACGGGCAAAGUAAUCCUCAGAAUAGCCAUCAUGACCACAGUAAUUGUACAGAAGCAGGAGCGUCUUCUGUCGGAAGGAAUGAAUCGCUAGAAACAAAUAUUAUGGAGGGGAGUGAUACAGUAUCACAAAAUAUCGACAAUCUUGAAAACCCUUCUUCAAGUGGAGACGCGACUACCAACUCUUCUGAAGCGGAAACUAAAUCAAAUACCGAUCCAGACACAUAGUAUAGGUCAUUAGAAAAUAAUUAUAUCGUUGUAUAUUUUUGUAUGUCAGUGUUAACGUACCGUACCUGUGUUGAUAUUUAUUUAAUUAAAUUGUUUACGAACUUUGUA